CCACAUCAUAUAACUAAAAAACAGCCGCAUGUAAACACAUAUCGGCGUAUCUCAUACGGAGUAAUUCUUCUUCUACCUUUCUUUCCCUGUUUGUUGCCUAUCGUUGAAGAAAACGAAGACGAGCAACAUGUUCCAAUUUUUCUUCCAGCUUUCUUUUUCAAUGACGAAAAAACAGAUCGUGUAAUUUUAUCUACCUAAAACUAGCCGCAGGUGAUACGAUAUAAUAAUGUCUUCUUCAGAGUCAGACGUUGAUAGUGAUAGUUCAUCAUCUGACGGUGAUGCGUUGUCAUUGACGAAUAAACUAUUUGAUGAAUCAUCAAAAGAAGAUGAUAGUAGUUUAAAAAUUACUCAUGAUUUGAUUCUUUCCACUACCACUCAUGCUUCUAUAAUAGUUUCAGCAUUAUUAAGAGACAAACAGUGUGCCAAUGGAGGAAGAACAAGUAGCAGACGUUAUAUUCAUCGCGAUAGAAAGGAGCAUCAUGAGGUGAUUAUUAAAGACUAUUUUAGUGGGGAUCAAUCAAAGUAUACUGCAGACCAUUUUCGCAGAAGAUUCCGAAUGGAUGUGGAACUAUUUAGUCGCAUUUUGGUUGCAAUUGAAAAGAAUGAUAGUUACUUCCCCAUAAAGUUUGAUGCCACGAGAAAAGAAGGAUUAAGUCCUUUACAGAAAACAUAGAUGCAGUGCAGAUGCUUGCUUAUGGUUGCCCAGCUUAUCUUUUGGAUGAAUAUGUUCAAAUUGGGGAGAGCACUGCAAUUCAAAGCCUUAAGCAUUUUUGUGGUGCUGUGAUAAGUGUUUUUGAACAAGAGUAUUUGAGAAAGCCAAACAAAAAAGAUACUUUGGGUCUUCUUCAAGAAGCAGAAGAAAGAGGUUUUCCUGAUAUGUUAGGGAGUCUUGAUUAUAUGCAUUGACAUUGGAAGAAUUGUCCAACUGUUUUGCAUGGUACACAUACAAAUGGUUUUAAACGAGUCCCAACUCUCAUAUUAGAGAUUGUUGCUUCAAGGAAUUUGUGGAUUUGACAUGCAUUCUUUGGUAUGGCUGGUACUAAUAAUGACAUAACCAUAUUAGACAGAUCUCCACUAUUUGAUGAUAUUAUAAAUGGUGUUACACCACCAUGUAACUAUGUAGUGCAAGGUCAUCGUUAUGAUAUGGGGUAUUAUCUGACUGGUGGAACUUAUCCACAAUAUGCUACAUUAAUGCAGUCUAUCUCGUAGCCAUCUUCUCUUAAAGAGAAAAUAUUUUCUCAGCGCCAAGAAUCUAUAAGGAAGGAUGUGGAGUGUGCUUUUGGAGUUUUGCAAAGUAGAUGGCAUAUUAUUAAAGGUCCCGCACACAUGUGGAAAGAAAAAGAUUUGAAGAAGAUAAUGAAAACUUGUAUCAUCUUGCAUAAUAUGAUCAUUGAGAGUGAAUGUAGCCAAGGAAUGAAUCCUGAAAAUUGGCAACCUCUUGGAGAUGAAAGGAUUGAAAAUGUGGAAUUAGAGCGUGAUUAUAAUUUUAUUGUUUCUAGAAUGAUUGGAAGAAUGAAACAAGUUCAAGACAAGAGAGUUCAUAGAGAUUUGAAAAAUGAUUUCAUCAAUCAUAUAUGGGAGCUAUAUGGUGGUCAACAAGCAAGCUGAUAUUAAAGUAGAUUUUUUAAUAAGAAUGUCUUAUAGUCAUUGACGUUUUUUUCCAAGGAUGUUCUACUUUUAAUUAUUAUUCUCAAGAUUGUAUCUUUUUUAUAGAAUUAUUUGUUUUUUGAGUUGAUUUUUACACUAUAAGUUAGUUAGUUGAGUAUUUGUAUUUGUAUUGUUUUUUAAUUGGUUAAUUUGAAUUGUGGAUUAUUUAGAUUUCUGCUAAGUGAUACUGGUGGAAUUGUG